CCGAUUGUCAUAUUGAACUUUAGCUGCUACUUUUUAGUGUUGCCACAGUCGAGCCGAUUCAAUAUGGGUGUGCUGGGAAGCAUAGCCAUCCUUGUUUCGAGCUUUGUGUGUCUUUACGUGUUCUUGGUUCUGAUCAAGCUCUUUCACAAACUAUGGUUGAAUCCAAUCCACGUACAACGUGUGUUGGCUUCACAAGGAAUCAGAGGCCCUGCUUACAAAUUCAUCCAUGGAAACACCAAAGAAAUGCUCAUGAUGAGAACCGAAUCCUUGAGCAGACCCAUGGAUUUAUCCCAUCAAAUAUUUGCUAGACUCCAGCCUCAUUUACACUCUUGGCUCAAGAUUUACGGGAAGAAUUUUCUUACAUGGAAUGGUCCAAAAGCUCAGUUAGUUAUUACAGAAUCAGAAUUCGCCAAAGAAAUACUUAAAAACAAAGAAAAAGCUUAUCCGCAAAUGGAAACUGAAGGCUACUUAAAGAAGUUGUUAGGUGAUAGCCUUGUGACAUCGGAAGGUGAAAAAUGGUCAAAAUUACGAAAACUAGCCAACCAUGCUCUCCAUGCAGAGAGCUUGAAGAAUAUGGUUCCAGCGAUGGUUUCCAGUGUAGAGAUGAUGCUAGAAAGGUGGAAGCAACAUGAAGGUGAAGAAAUUGAGGUAUUUGAAGAGUUUAGAAUGUUAACAUCAGAAGUUAUUUCAAGGACAGCUUUUGGGAGUAGUUACUUGGAAGGGAAAGACAUAUUUGAGAUGUUGACAAAAUUGGGAAUUAUAACUUCCAGAAAUGUUUUCAAAACCAAGCUUCCUAUCUUCAGUCAAAUUUGGAAAAGUACCGAUGAUAUAGAAUCAGAAAAACUUGAACACGGGAUACGAGAUUCAAUUUUAGAGAUCAUAAAGAAAAGAGAAAACGCAAUGACAGAAGUAGACAACUAUGGGACCGAUCUUCUUGGACUACUUCUGAAGGCAAGUAAGGAUGCAGAUGAGAAUAAGAGGAUUACAGUGGAAAAUGUGGUCGAUGAGUGUAAGGCCUUUUACAUUGCUGGACAUGAAACUACAACCACCUUGCUUGCAUGGUCUGUGCUUCUUCUAGCAAUCCAUACAGAUUGGCAAGAGGAAGCAAGAAAGGAGGUCCUUGAAUUGUUUGGCCAACAAGAUCCAAAUGCAGAAGGCAUUCCAAGAAUGAAAAAGAUGAACAUGAUCAUUAAUGAAUCUCUGAGACUAUAUCCUCCUAUCAUCAACAUUACAAGAAAAGUUCAACGAAAAGUCAAACUGGGACAAUUCAUUCUUCCGGCCAAUAUAAAUGUGACUAUUUUGACAUUGGCACUUCAUCUUGAUCCUCAAAUAUGGGGAGAUGAUGUGUAUCUUUUCAAACCAGAACGAUUUUCAGAAGGAGUUGCUAAAGCUACCAACAACAACCCAGCAGUGUAUCUUCCAUUUGGUUUUGGACAACGAAGUUGUGUUGGCACGAGCUUUGCAAUCAAUGAAACAAAAAUUGCUUUGUCAAUGAUUCUGCAACGCUAUGCCUUCACUUUAUCCCCAACCUAUAGUCACUCACCAGUUCAAGUUUUAACAGUUCGUCCGCAACGUGGGAUUCAAGUCAAGCUUCAUGCUCUUUAGUAUAAUAUAGACAAGUUUUGCUAAUAAGAUGUUUUAUGGGUGAACAUAGUAAUAAGUCUUUGCUGCUAUCAAUUUAGUUCCAUACUGUAAUGGAUUUUGAAGAUUGUUGAACUAUGGAGGAAUGACAAAUAAAUUUGUAAAGAAAAUAAUAUCAUCACAUUAGUUUGUUUCAAGCUAAUCAUGUGAGGGAGAACAACAAAUAUAGAGCAUCAAAACCUAUCAUGUAGAGAAGUUGUAUCGAGAAUAUAAUGCAAGAAAACAAUGCUUAAUUCCCAA